AGCGAUGGUAACGCUGAGCAAAAUUCGUUUAGCUGUAGCAGACGACCUUCACAUUUUAGGAGCGUUGCAGACGAUUUGAAGGUGGGUAGAGCGGUAUUGCCUCAGCUGUACGAGUGCGCGACGAUUCUAUUUUCGGACAUUCGUGGCUUCACAAGGAUCUCGUCCACAUCAACACCCUUCCAAAUUGUCACCUUCCUGAACGAUCUCUUCUCGGGUUUCGACUCGAUCAUCGCAAAACAUGACGCUUUCAAGGUGGAGACGAUCGGCGAUGCGUAUAUGAUCUCGUCGGGAGUGCCGAAUGAAAAUGGCAAUGCUCAUGUGCAGCAAAUCGCUGAAGUGGCACUGAAAAUGCGUUCGUUUGUUUCCAACUUCAAGCUGGCACAUCGACCCGAUGAACAGAUGAUGGUUCGCAUAGGUUUUCACAGUGGUGCUGUUGCGACCGGUGUAGUUGGACGAGAAGCGCCUCGGUAUUGUCUCUUCGGUGAGACUGUCAAUAUCGCCUCUCGUAUGGAAUCGACCGGAGUUGCGAACAAAAUUCAGAUCAGUGAGCAAUCGUACAAUCUUCUGCAUUGCUUCUUUCCGGUGUUUUCAAUGAGCCAACGAGGCAAACAAAAAGUUGACGAUGACGGUAACGAGGUGAUGACGUACUUUUUGGAAGGGAAGCAAGAGGCGUAA